AUGUCGCAGCUUGAAACAGUGGCUGCCUUUGUUGAGGGCGCCCCUCCAGGAGAGCUUGCCGAUGUCGUUGCUGAUAUCAAGUCAUUGACCGAAUCCUCCCCCGGCCUGAUCGAUGAGCUUGCCCCUGCGUUCGAAAAGUACAAUGAGGAACAGCUAGUGACAGUCAAGCUUCCUGGUAGCAGCCAGGCAGUCUUGAUUAGCGCACACAACUCUCUCGGCGACGGCCGUUACUACGACGUGGAGAGUUCCUCCAGCUUCCAGUUCAACCACACAACACAAAAAGCUAGCUCCGUGCAGAGUCACGUUAUCGAAGGUGCACAGGCAGAUCUUGUCAAGGCAACGCUGAAGAGCUUGGCAACAUACAUCGCAGAACAUUUCCCCAACGCAGCAUUUGGUGCUUACCCGAUUGAAUCAGACUCCAAGAUUGCCGUCAUCAUCGUGGCCAACAAGUACAGCCCCAACAAUUUCUGGAACGGCCGCUGGCGAUCUGUAUAUACAUAUGACCCUUCGACGGGAAAGCUCGAAGGCUCGAUCAAGGUCGACGUACACUACUACGAGGACGGUAACGUCCGUAUGUUGACUAACAAGGCUGUUGCUGCUGCCAUCCCCUCCGGUUCUGGCGCCGGCAUCGCCAAGGAGAUUUCCAUCACGGAGAAGAAGUACCAAGACGAGCUGAACAAGGGCUUUGUUGGCUUGAGCGAGGGUGCUUUCAAGGGCUUGCGACGACAGCUGCCGGUGACGAGACAGAAGAUUGAGUGGGACAAGGUCACCAGCUACCGCCUAGGUCAAGACAUUGGUGGUGGCAGCUCUAAGCGAUAG